AUGGAGCCGGUGCUGAAAGUGCCGGGCCGCGAUCGCUUGCUGCUCAAGGACCUGGAGCACGUGAGGAUACAAUCAGUUGACCGCCUAGCCUGGCAGAGGCUCUCCACUGUCGAGCAAUUGGCAUUGUCCCAGUACUUGCACGAGAGCCCGGACAAGAAAUCCUGGAAAGUGCCCAACAGCAGCAGCCGGAUUGGCUUCAAUGACCAGGGGGUCUUCCUGCACCAGGAGCAUGCUAAGCGCUUCUUUGGCAUGCUGGAGCACAAAGCGACGCACCUCGUGUCAUCCGUGCCGACAUCAGAGGCGAUACCACGCUUCUUCCGGCCUGAGAAAGAGACGCCCAUGCUGGAAUCACUGGAAAAGAAGGUCGUGACGAUUAGUGAUGAGAUGAGGAAGCAGGUGCUGCGAAGCACCUUCCGGGCAGCCGACACGAACGGCAACGGCACCCUCAGCAAGCACGAGGUCGGUUCGCUGAUGCGGCGCUUGAUUGUCACGGUGACGGCGGCAGAUGUGGAGAUGCUGAUGCAGGAGGCAGACUCGAAUCGGGAUGGCAGCAUCGACUAUGAGGAGUUUGUGACCUGGAUGAUGAUCACUCACCGGGGCUUGAUCAGCAGCAAGCUCCAAGAGGAGCUAGGUUCUGCCUCGGAUGUGGUCAGGGCCUCCUUCCGCGCCUGGGACAACAACGGCAACGGCUUGAUCUCCAAGGCGGAAGUUCAGAGAAUCCUCUGCGACGCCUGCAAGAUGAGCCCAAAGGAGGUCGAGAUUCUUUGCACCGUCAUGGACGCAGAUUCUGACGGGCAUGUCGACUAUGACGAAUUCGUGGCUUUUCUGUAUCCGCAAGAUAGAUGA